ACAUAUUUUCACGGCUUGCUAUUGUAUACUGAUGGUGAAAAUGUGGAAAAAUAGUAACGCAACAAGUUGCAAAUUCAACCUGAAUGAAUUUUUUAAAUACAAAAUAUUUACAGCCAUCUGAAUUUCGACAAUACGCCUCAAAUUACGUUUAACACCCCUGUAACUAAAUGGGUAACACCUGAAUAUACAGCUGACAUAACUCUAAAUGAACACAUCACACGGUCUCUUUUGACUUCUGUAUUCAGAGGACGAAGGCACGACAAGUAAACUCUCAGCCCACGUAAGGGCUCCAGUCUCCCUGAGGGCGAAGGAGGCUCCGCCCUUACUUUACAUAGACCCCGAGCCGGCUGAAAAACAAAGAAGGAACGUUAAGUGUGGAAAGAACUGCGCAUGCAUCGGUGGAACAUAGCUUGUCAGUUGACAGGAAAAGCCAGGUACAGAUUACGACGAUGACAGGGCGCGCACGUGGCCGCGCAAGAGGCCGUGGCCGGGCAGCGGUAGGAGGUGGAGCGGUAGCUGAGGAGCCGUCGUCAGUUGGGCGUGGACGCGGUCGCGGACGCGUGGAGGAACCGCCACGGCGCCCUGGCGAGGAUGUCGACCCUCCGGCACCCACAGCUCCCCCCAGCUCCCAGAUGGAGGCCUUGUCUAUAGGUAAGAAGGAAGCAGGAGCUCGAGCCGCCCAGCCAUUCGGAGGAAGACGCAGGAUCGGAGACGUGGAUAUCGAAGUGCCGAACACGCGCCCUGCUCACAUGCAGGACAAGAAAGGCUCCACGGGCAAGCCUGUCUCCCUCGUCACGAACUACUUCCCUGUGACCCUAACCGGGGCGCUGUACCAGUACAGCGUGAGCUUCGACCCCGAAGUGGAGCACAAGGGCGUCCGCUUCUCCAUGCUCAAGGAGCACUUGGUGCAAAUCGGAGAGACCUACGCCUUCGACGGCAUGAUCCUCCUCCUGCCCAAGCGUCUGGAGCAAAAGGAGACCGUGCUGUCUUCCAAGCAGCGCAGUAACGGCGCCGACAUCAAGAUCACGAUCACGCUGACCAAUGAGCUGUCCCCGACCUCGCCGAUGUGCAUCCAGCUCUACAACAUCCUGUUCCGCAAGGCCCUGCACGAAAUCGGCAUGAAGCGGAUCGGCCGAAACAACUACAACCCUGGAAAGACUAUACAAGUCCCUCAGCAUGGCCUUGAGGUGUGGCCGGGUUUGGUGACCUCCGUCCUGCAGUACGAGACAAAGACUCUGCUGAUGGCCGACGUCUCGUACAAGAUCCUUCGUACGGACACUGUGCUGGACUUCCUGUAUGACCUGUACAACAAGACACAACAGAACUUCCACGAGAACGCCACCAAGAAGCUGGUCGGGCUAAUCGUACUCACAAGGUACAACAACUGGACGUACCGAAUCGAUGACAUCGCCUGGGACGCGAAGCCUACGGACAAGUUCAAGAUGAAGGACGGAACGGAGAUGACGUAUGUGGAUUACUACGCCAAGAAGUACAACUUGACCGUAAGGGACAUGGACCAGCCUCUGCUCGUCAGCCGACCGAAGAAAAAGACGCAGAAGGGAGGAGAGGAGGGGGUAUUGCACAUUCUGCCUGAACUUUGCAGUCUUACAGGCCUAACGGAUGAGCUUCGGGCUGACUUCAGUGUCAUGAAGGACCUAUCCACCCUCACCCGCCUGUCUCCGGGAGACCGAAACAACAGCCUGCACGAGUUCAUCAACACCCUAAACAGCAAUGAGAAGGUGCAGAAGGACAUGAAGGGUUGGGGUCUGUCGUUCGACAAGACUCUGUUGAAGCUGGAGGGGCGCGUCAUGCCGCCGGAGAAGAUCUUCCAGAACACGGCAACAUACAGCUACAAGCCACAGGAAGCGGACUGGUCGCGUGAGAUGCGAGGGAAGCAGCUGAUGUCUUCCAAGCCCAUGAAGAACUGGCUUCUGCUCUUCACGGCCAGGGACUCUGGUAUAGCCCAGGACUUCCUGCAGGCUCUGGUAAGGGUCGCAGGCCCCAUGGGAAUGAACAUCAACGAACCUGUCAUGUGUGAACUGAAGGAUGACCGUCCUGACAGCUACCUGCAGACCAUGAGAGAACAGAUGAACGACAAGACCCAGAUGGUGGUGUGCGUAGUGUCGAACAACCGAAAGGACCGGUACGACGCCAUUAAGAAGUUCUGCUGCGUGGAUCGCCCGGUGCCGAGCCAGGUCAUCGUGAGUCGUACGCUGAGCAAGAAGCAGAUGUUGAUGUCCGUGUGCACUAAGGUCGCUCUGCAGAUGAACUGCAAGCUGGGAGGGGAGCUGUGGGGCUUGGAGAUCCCGAUUAAGAAUCUGAUGGUGGUCGGGAUUAACUGUUACCAGGACUCCCUCACCAAAGGCCAGUCCGUCGGUGGUGUCAUCGCUUCCAUUAACAGCUCCCUGACUCGCUGGUACUCGCGCUGCACCUUCCAGCGCUCCAGUCAGGAACUCAUCGAUGGGCUGAAGGUCUGCUUGCAAGCCGCCCUGAAGAAGUAUCAGCAGUUGAACAUGAACCUCCCCGAGCACGUGAUCUUCUACCGUGACGGUGUGGCUCGCGGACAGCUAGACGCGGUUGUGGGGCAGGAGAUUCCGCAGGUCAUCGACACCUUCACGACAUUCGGGGUCGACUACACGCCGAAGGUAACGUGGAUCGUUGUGAAUAAACACGUCAACACCCGGUUCUUUGAGGAGGCCGGAGGCGGACUGCAGAACCCUUGCCCUGGAACUGUGGUGGACACCGAGGUCACCCGACCACAGUGGUAUGACUUCUUCCUGGUGUCGGGGACAGUUCGCCAGGGUACAGUGACUCCCUGCCACUACAACGUGGUGUGGGACACCUCCGGACUCAAGCCUGAUCACAUCCAGAGGCUUACCUACAAGCUCUGUCAUCUCUACUACAACUGGCCGGGCACCAUCCGAGUCCCCGCACCAUGCCAGUACGCUCACAAGCUGGCCUUCCUGGUGGGACAGAGCAUCCACACCGCACCGUCAGAAAACCUGGCCGACCGUCUCUACUUCCUGUAGGUUACAGGUCAUGACCUGGACAAGGGGCAGAGGUCAAGGGUGAUUUUGGGCCUCCUGGUGAAUGACCUUGGUACUGCAGCAGCACUUUCAUAUUUUUUUUGUCCUCGACGUGAUAUGGUCUUGAGUUUUUGGUGGCAGAAUGAUAGCUUUUGGUGUAAGAAAGACAUGGUGUAGAUUUGCAAACCCUAGUAGUUUUCUAUGGAACUGCAGGGCCAUCUUUGUUAAGAUCUUUCUAGGGGGAUAACUUACCAACGGGAUGGCAGAUUCCCAUGGUAUCUGCCAUGCAGGUAACUUAAAACAGGCUUAGCAUUAUAUAUGUUUGUGGUGAAAAUAAUGGAAAAUAAGUCAAUGUAGGGUUACUAUAUAAUACAAAUAUGCUAAACAUCAGGUCUAGAUCUGUGAUUUGUUCAACAUCACCUACCUCCUUUCUUUCAUGCCUAAAUACAAUAUAUAACAAUCCUGAAUAUCAAGAAAGGAUAUCUUCCUUACAAAUUCAAUAGUACAUCCAUAAUUGUAAUAUUCAAUAUUAUAUAUUCAAUAUCAAUAUCAUCAUGAAAGUUCAUCUGUAAUGGUACAUUUCAUGAUGAAAUUUGAUACCUUUGUUCAACACAAAGCAUAAAAGCUCACCCCGAACUUUCAGUCGCUCUUACAUCAACCUUCUUCAGGAGUGAAGUAAUGAUUCGAUUACUCUGAGCACAUGAAUUUUCAGAGACAGGUGAAUCGAGUAAUGAAUUGUAACUCCUGAAGAGGAUUGACGUAACAAUAUUAGCCAUUCAAAAUAAAACCACCAAAUUUUCACUAAUUCUUCAUCUUGAUACACUUAUUAAGUGUACUUUACAACCGUAUCACAACAAGAAGAAACCACAAUACUACAUUACUAUCUGAGUCAUUAGUUUAUCUAAUCAAUUAAUUAUCUUUUAGCUAUCAGUCAUGAUUAUUCAGAGGACUCACUUAACUAUAUUUUACAGUCAACAUUUCCCUAUUACCUUCCAUGUACAAUUUUACAUUUAGCAACGGCAAUUAGAACAAUCGUGAUUUUGGCAAUAAAAAUGAAAUGAACAUUUUGUAUCUAGCUGUAGUUUCUACAAGUUUAAUUUGUAACUUUUGUGAGUUCCCGACAGAAAAUUCACCGAAUCAUAUACAUUGUAUUCGUUUCGAGUAGGAGGACAUUUCCAACAACAAAUAUGCUUGGUAUCUAUAUCUAGUAACACAGAAUAAUGCUCUUCACAAUAAUGUGCACGAUUUUGUGAUAAAUACAAUACAUGAGGAAUGUUGUGUAAGGGACAUACAAUGUACUAUCCUGUCUAACUUCCAAAAAUGGAACCAAGAAAAACAUGGUGUCUCAUACGAAC